UAGGAUAUGUCUGAUCAUUUUUCCGUUGAAGAAUUUUCAUCAUUGACAAAUGAUAGAGCAUGGUAUAAUAUAAUCUUUGUUAAGGUGGAGUUUAUUUGGCAUGACGUCGAUGGAAAGAGAUUAGUGGUUAUAUUUCUUGAUCAACACAGACAAAAAAUUGUUGCGUUCGUCCCACAAAAUUUGAUACACAAAUAUAAUGACGCGUCAUUGAUGGGUGGUUUUUUUUCGUUGAAUCAUUUCCAAAUUGAGAAUCUCAACUAUCUUGAGUGCCCAAAGUACCAGAAUUACGUGUUAGUUUGGUCCGAGAAGAAAAUUGUCAUCAACGAAUAUACAAAGCUUUCUUCACUUACGCUUACGAUUCCAAGGGGUGCUUCUUUAUAUCCAUUGGUCCCUUCCAUUAUAGAAUUGAAGCAUGACAGGAGACCUCAAAUGGAUAUUGUUGAUGUGGUUGGGAGAAUAAUAGAAGGCAAACGUGAUCGAUGUUGUUUUGAACUUUCUCUUCAAGAUAAGACUGGUCACACAAUACAAUUGUUUUUGUCUGCCCUGAAGCCUUCCGAUGUGAUACGUUCCAUUCGAGCCGUGCAACAAAGGUCCAUCAUAUAUGUAUCACGUCUCAAGUUGGUUCAUCUACCAGAUAUUAAUAUUUUGAAGUCUACGGAGUUGAGGACGAUUACGUACGAACCGGAUAUGGUCGAGGCACGGGAUAUGUAA